UAAACGGCCUGUAUUCGAUCUGCGCUCGCAAGUUGCCACAAAAAAAGUUAAGAUAAUACAAUUAUUUUAAACUUGACAGGAUAAGUGAAAGUUUAUUCGUCACGAUGUCUUGGAUACAGUUUUGUCUCAUUGCAUUUUUUCUUCCCUGGAUUGUGCAGCUAUUCGACGACUCAGCCAGGGAUAGAUGCCUCGAAAGGGACAAAUUUUAUUGCAAUAUUUCCGGGAGAUGUAUCUACAAGUCUACAGUUUGUGAUGGAUUUGCCGACUGUAAAGAGGGCGAAGAUGAGUCCCCUCCAGCCUGUACCAUGGAUAAAUGCCUCCAAAGGGGCAGCUUUUAUUGCAAUACUUCCGAGAGAUGUAUCCUCCAGUCUUUAGUUUGUGACGGAGUUACUGACUGUAAAGAGCGCGAAGAUGAGUACCCUCCAGCCUGUACCGAGGAUGAAUGUUUUCGAAAUGGUCGGUCCUUAUGUUUUGGAUCCCUGUGUAUCCACACAAGUUCGUUGAUGGACGGAAAGGUUAACUGUCCACGCGGGGAAGAUGAGCGGCCUAAAGCCUGGUAUCUCAGACACUAUUGUGACUCGAAUCGUUCUUUAUCCCGAGGCUGCUUGGGUGAAUGUAAACUUGGUAAAUUUGACAAGUAUUGCGGGAUUACCUGUUUCGAAAAGUGUUCGAAUGGCAGUUGUGAUAAAUCAAGUGGACGUUGUAACAUGUGUGCAUCUGGCUAUCAUGGCAAGUACUGCCAGAAAACAUGUUCCGAAGAAUGUUUGAAUGGAAUAUGUAAUAAAUCAAGCGGAAUUUGUAAGACCUGUACACGAACGUAUUUAGAAAAUUGUUCACAAGAAUGUGGCAAGGAAUGUCUAGAAAUAAACGGUUUCCCACAAUGUGACAGAGAAAGUGGCAAAUGCUUGAAUGGGUGUAAUCUGUAUCACUACGGUCACUAUUGCAACAAUUCAUGUAAAAACUGCAAAGGAAAUUACUCAAAUAUUCCAUGUGAUAUUAACGGUGUGUGCCAGUUUGGAUGUGAGAACGAUUAUUGGGACAAGACGUGCAACUCUAAAUGCAGUGCCAACUGUCAAGGUGAUGAACAUGGAAAACGGUGUAAUUCAUCCACAGGGGAGUGUAUAAACGGUUGUACUCGUGGAUGGAGUGGUAAAUUAUGUGGUGAUCCGACCAGUUUGCAAACAACGACUACUGAAUCGAACGAUAAAGUGAAUGUCAGCUCCUUAAAUACAAUUGUUAUAGUCAUACCAGUUCUUGCCACUGUGGUUGUCGUUGUCGUCGGGAUUAUCUGCUAUUUUUGGGGUCGAAAAAGGUUUAACCGUCAGCAGAAUGAACGCAUUGAGCCGCGCCGAGAAUUUCGAUUUGGCGUUGCACCAAGGCAACGACCCUCCGGGUCUCGGAGGCGGCAAAGUUCUACCCUGUAUGCCGACAUCAACGAAGAAACCAUGGAACAUUAUCAUUACAUCUGCGAGCAAAACCCUCCGGAUCACUAUGAUAAAAUCAAAGAUCGGAAGCCAUGUAUCUGUCCUCAGUGCGUUCGGGAAAGAGUCGACCCAAUUUUACAAAGGAUUUCUUCAGGUUCUUCCAGUACGACUUUUGUGGAACCUUACGCCACCUGCGGGUGGGGUAUUGGGAGAACAAGCAGUAUUCACAGCUAUAUAAGCAAUCGUGAAUUAAACACCCGUCGGAACGUCCCAACAAAUGACAGUGAUAGUGGAAUCGUGCCUACAAAAGAAUUAACGGACGAUAGGAAGCCUGGGCGAAGUACCUCACAUUCUGCUGGUGACCUUGCUCAUGUCUGUAAGACAGAUUAUACGAACGGAGUAAAUCCCCGACCUUGCGUUGCAAAAUCUAAAAGCUGUAUCGAACUUGUGUGCACACAUGAAUAUUUGGACCUUGAAGAACUUUAUCAAACAGCCAAGGCCGAAGAUAGGCGAAAAUUAGCUGCUAAAUAUUUCGACGAGGGGGAGGACGUUUUUGGUGUCAUAGGACAAUUUCAAGCGAAAGAUAGUCAUUAUACUGAAACAGAAGAAAGUGAAGUGCUUAAUCAACUUGAUAAUCAAAAUCUUGCACUAAAUAUAGAGUCUUCACUAGUAAUAGGUCGAUCAGAACAAAUUGAAGAAAGCUGUUCUGCAAAUGAUAUAGAUUUCAUUGUUGAACAGCAACCUGCUCAAUCCCAAAACGAUGCAAAAAUGGACGACCCAAAAGACACUGAUGGGAUGGACGAUAGUGAUGAAAUAAAACAAACUGAUUCUCUUGUAUAAAGACGUCAAUCUAUCCAGCCGUUAUAAACGAUGUUUCAGCCAUUCAUUAGAUAUCAUGAAUGAAAUUUCAUUAAACUGCAGAUAAGUAUAACAUUAUGGAAGGCUGUAUCGUAAUAAAAAUUUCGAGUAGUCAACUCAAAAGUUAAGGUUACACUUUUAGGUUAAAAUUACACGAUAGGAAUGAAAUUGAAUUACAUUUUGUAUCUUGCCUGGGAUGGAUUUUGAGGGAUCGGAGUCAAUGUUACUGUAAUUGAAAGUAGAAAAAUGUUCUACGCCCAAUUACUUUAGACUGCUUAUUUUUCCUAAAUUAUACAAGUAAUUAAUUGGCUAUAAUUUCUGAUUGCCCAUAUUAAGAACCUGCUUUUGUCGCAUUGCGGCGUUUUUAUAUUCAUAUGAUAUCGAAUUGCAAAUAGGAUAUUCCACUACAUUUCUAGGUUGUAAAGGAAGUCCAUAUAAUGAUUUAAUCUACGGCGAGCUUGAAUUUGUAAACUAUCAGCAAUUAUAUAAUUAUCAUACCAUAGUAACUUUUGUACUUAAGAUGUUACAUACAAAUGAUAAUAAGUACAAUAAUACAAUUUAUUUUACCGUAUUGAAGGUUGGUUAAAGAUACUAUAUUUAAUAUGUUAGUUUUUAUUAGUACAAGAUUUGUUAAGCUUGACUUUAACCUGCAUAUAUUGUUUGCAGGUGUAGGAAAUGAUUAUUUAGUUCUGGUAUCUUAUACAAAACUGGAAGGGAAAAUAAGAAGACUCUAAUAGAAAAUUGUUUUAUAAGAAAAUAGCAUGUUAUAAACCCCAGCCUAUUGCCAAAUUAGAACGUUCCGAUUUAGUUCAUCGGGGUAACGUGUACCCCACCAUAGACUAAAGAGUAAAAUGUUGGCAUAACACUCCCUAAUGAGCGCAAAAAAUAAAAUAUAUUAGCAAUUCUUAGCAAUAUGUAGUAUAUACUAUACGAUGUAAAUAUGCACGUUUUAUUGAAUAGACGUAGAACAAAUAUGCAUAUGAUUAAGACGAUUUGUUACGAAAGCUAUCUAAGUUUACAAUGCAUUUAGAUAGAUCAGCUGACAUGAAUUCGUCCUAAACCAGAUUUUGGUAUUUAUGUACCGUGCUAAUCAACUUCAGUGGUACGUUGUAAACAUAUUGCUGUCAUUUAGUUACAUGUUGUUUAUGUUUAUGAAUAUUACUUCAUUCAUAUAGAGACGUAUACAUAUAAUUGAUGUUGUACAUUAUGAUAUUAAACUUAAAUUGUACACAAAUUAUAUUUUCAUUAAGAAAUAUAUAUGACAUACCUUUGUAUAGUAUCUCUUACCUGAAACAAAUUCGAUUUAAAAAACAUACAUGCUUCCUAUGAAUAGAAAUACUUAAAAUAAAUUAAGAUUAUUAAAAAUAAUAAUGAAUCGACUAUAUUUUGACUAUUUAUUUGAUAUAAGCUUUUUGACAAUUUGGUUCAGGUAAAAAUAUUGUUGUUGUUUUUUUUCAGUAAGAGUAACAUUCUUUAAGAUGUCAAGUAAUUUUCCUAAGACUUUCUAUAUUUUUGUUUUGUAUAGGUAUUGUACAUUGAGUGUCUAAUUUUGCAUAACUAUAUAAAAUUAAGUAUAUAUCAUGCCUCCAGCAUGAAUAAUGCAACGCCAUUGGUCCAUGCCUGGUCACACGGUGCCCCAUAUGUGUCUAUAUUGGGUCACUUAUCGUUAUAUCGUACCAAAAUAGCGUAUUUUACCAAAUCCGAUGAAUAAAUGUUACAUUUCCCAGACGGUGCUGACGUCUUGAUCAAUGUUAACAGAUUGGCAACGUGAUAUAUGCGUUAUGGGGAUAAUAGAUAAUCCGAUAUAGGACAUACGGGGUGCAGGAAACCAUAUAAGUUCACAUACUAACCCUAUUACUGAUAAUGUAUAUAUACAUACACGAUAGCGAAUGCGUCAAGGUUACUUGUAAUAGUAACAGUAGAUAUUAGUUAAUAUAAAUUUGUAUAAAGAGUAUUCUUUUCGUAUUGUUAAAUGAAUUGUUCAUUGAUUCACCUGUAAAUACUACAAUGUAUCCUUAUGUUCUGUAAAUAAAUCUUGAAAUAUC